AACUGCAUUUUACUUGUUUACAGGUCCCUCGUUGUGGUCCAUUUUUGGGCACCAUGGGCUCCGCAAUGUGCUCAGAUGAACGACGUGAUGGCAGAGUUAGCCAAAGAGCACCCCCAGGUUUCGUUUGUGAAGUUGGAAGCCGAAGCUGUUCCUGAAGUAUCUGAAAAAUAUGAAAUUAGUUCUGUUCCCACGUUUCUGUUUUUCAAGAAUUCUCAGAAAAUUGACCAAUUAGAUGGUGCACAUGCCCCAGAGUUGACCAAAAAAGUUCAACGACAUGCAUCUGUGGGCUCCUUCCCACCCAGUGGUAGUGAGCACCCCAAAGAAGACCUCAACCUUCGCCUGAAGAAAUUAAUUCAUGCUGCCCCCUGCAUGCUGUUUAUGAAAGGGACUCCGCAGGAGCCGCGCUGUGGUUUCAGCAAGCAGAUGGUGGAAAUUCUCAACAAACACAAUAUUCAGUUUAGCAGUUUUGAUAUCUUCUCAGAUGAAGAAGUUCGUCAGGGCCUCAAAACCUAUUCUAAUUGGCCCACCUACCCCCAGCUCUAUGUGUCUGGCGAACUCAUAGGAGGACUCGACAUAGUGAAGGAGCUGGAAGCAUCUGAAGAACUAGAUACAAUUUGCCCCAAAGCCCCCAAAUUAGAGGAAAGGCUCAAAGUACUGACAAAUAAAGCUUCUGUGAUGCUCUUUAUGAAAGGAAACAAACAGGAAGCUAAGUGUGGAUUCAGCAAACAGAUUCUGGAAAUACUAAAUAGUACUGGUGUUGAAUAUGAGACGUUUGACAUAUUGGAGGAUGAGGAGGUGCGGCAGGGACUGAAGACCUUCUCCAACUGGCCCACGUACCCGCAGCUGUAUGUGAAAGGGGAGCUGGUCGGAGGGCUGGACAUCGUUAAGGAACUGAAAGAAAAUGGCGAAUUGCUGCCUACACUGAACGGAGGAAAUUAAUAACAGUUAAGCGUGGUGCCCAACUCGUGCAGGAAAUACUUCGCUACAGCCAAGCGGCUCGCGGCCAGGCCUCCCCAUGGACCUGGGAGGAAAGGCCCCUACCGUCGCUGUGUCCCACAAAGCUGUGCUAAAGACCUGUGUUACCAUUUCCCCACCAAAACUAGAGCGCAAUAAACCAGUUAAAAGCA